CACCACCAUCUGAUCUAUCUGGUUCUCUUCACAACAGGCUCUGAAGACAUCAUGAACCCACAAUGGCAGGCAGCACCCAAAUCCUAUGCUAUUCGUGAUUCUCGACAGAUGGUGUGGGUCCUGAGUGGAAAUUCUUUAAUAGCAGCUCCUCUUAGCAACCGUGUUAAGCCUGUCAUUCUUCAUUUAAUAACCUGCAGAGACACAGAAUUCAGUGAUAAGAAAAAGGGUAAUCUGGUUUACCUGGGAAUCAGGGGAAAAGAUCUCUGUCUCUUCUGUGAAGAAAUUCAGGGCAAACCUACUUUGCAGCUUAAGGAGAAAAACAUCAUGGACCUGUACAUGGAGAAGAAAGCACAGAAGCCCUUUCUCUUUUUCCACAAUAAAGAAGGCUCCAGUUCUGUCUUUCAGUCAGUCUCUUACCCUGGCUGGUUCAUAGCCACCUCCUCCACAUCAGGACAGCCCAUCUUUCUCACCCAGGAGAGGGGCAUAACUAACAACACUAACUUCUACUUAGAUUCUGUGGAAUAAAUCCAGCCUAGGCUGUGGAUAGAGAAUCAAG